AGCGAUGGGCCAGGGCACACGCAAGGUGAAGGGGGACGGCGGCCUUCGAGCCGGCCUGCCGGACGCACCGCGGGGCUCAGCUUUCCGCGGGCGGUGAAAAGCAGGAGGGGAGCCCGAGGCUGAGAAGCGCCGGCGGGAGGAGGCGGGAGCCCCGGGCCGCUAGCGGCUCCUCCCCCGGCGCCUCCGCUAUUUGGGUCAGACGCGAAGGCCGCGCCGCCGGACCUUGGGACCCGCGGGCUCCGGGGCUCUAGUCGGCUGUCCCUUCCCGCUCGUCCGCCCUCGGGCCCCGGUUCCUCCGGCUCCGGCCACAGAGAAGCCCUCGUCGCGAACCCAGAAAUUAAAAUCCAAGAAAUGCCUCAUUCCACAAAGAAAGAACUGAUCCUUGGCAUCAUGGUGGGAACUGCCGGAAUCAGCUUGCUGGCCUUGUGGUACCACAAGAUCCGCAAAACAAGAAUAACAAUGAACUUGCCGAAAUGUCUUUCCCUGGGCAAGAAAUUCAAUUCACUAACUUUGCAAGAUGAAACUCACAGUGAACAAGGGGCAUCAGUGGUCUUUCAAAGAAGGCAACUUCAGAUCCUGGAAAAGUUAAAUGAAUUACUGACCAACAUGGAAGAACUUAAGGAGGAAAUCAAAUUUCUUAAAGAAACGAUUCCGAAGCUGGAGGAAUAUCUACAGGAUGAACUUGGAGGGAAAGUAACAGUUCAUAAGAUCAGUCCCCAGCACAGAGCUAGGAAAAAACGGCCGACGACUGCUCCAAGUGCAGCAACAAACAAUAGUUCAGAGGAAGCAGAAAGUGAAGGAGGCUGCCAGAAAGAUGACCAGAGCUCCCAACAAAAUUAUCCUGAGGACCUACUUACUCCACCACACAAGCAUCUUGGAUCCUCUUGUAUUUUACGACCCAAAGCAGCUCUGGGUUUAAUAACUUGUCGUCCUUCUUCAGCAAGUAAGUUAAGUAAAAAAUUCUCUUCUUCAUCAAGUGCAUCCAGUCGCUUUCUUUCCUCUAGACGACCACAUAAUUUACUGGCAAGACUUAGAAGGAGACGGAGACGGCGAAGUAGAGUUAACUUCGAUUCUCAGGAAGACGUAACUUCCAAUGUCACAAGGUCUUCGGAUUUCAUUGGUGCCAUUAGAUCUCGAAGAUGUUUUUUAUCCCCUCACCUAAGUGUAGUUUCCUGUUAUAGGAGUAGCAUUAGCUCUGAUACUCCACAAGGUAAUCUGAACCUGUCUCAUGAAAAGGAAAUGCAAAGCUUUCCUAAAAAAUCAAGUAUUAAUGAUGCUCAAAAACGUAUAAGCUUCUCUGAUCCUGACCAAGGCAUUAAGUACUUUCCAAAUUGGGAAACAAAAGCCGUUUCUCCAGGCCAUCGGACUGUUGAAAGGACUUCUCACUCACCAAGCCUAACAGCAUCUCCCUUUUCUCUUCCAACUGUUAUGUCUUCUUCCAGUCAGGUAACUUUAUCAAUUGCUGAUGGCCGAGAACAUGGCCAACUAAAUAAGGAUUCGGAAGAUGCCCUUCAUCACAGGUCUCAGAGUACAAAUUACUCUCCAGGUGACACCAGACGUCUGUCUCAGAAUACUUCCACCAGCCUCUCCCAUGAUGGACUUCCUUCACCGUAUAAAGAUGUCAACAGCUUAAUUGUUGAAGUUACCUCAGGCCCCUUUGAAGAAAAAGGUUUUGCUGCCUCGCCUCCAGAUGAAGAUACAGCUUCACCUAUUGAAAUGGCUGAAAUAAGGUAUAUUACAGCCAACACUGACACAGAAGAACAGAGUUUCCCGGUCGCUAAGGCUUUCAACACACACAUUGAGGAGCUGAAGCUGGAUGUCCUCCUACAGAAGGUAGACCGUUUACGGAUAAACGAAGCUAACAAAGUGGAGAGUUUUGAGCUACUGUGUGACCACAAAGAAAAGUUUAGUGAGGAAACAGAGUUUCUGUGGCGGCUUACCCGUGCCUAUGGAGACAUGUAUGACCUAUCUACCAAUACACAAGAAAAGAAACAUUAUGCUAAUAUUGGGAAAACAUUGGGAGAAAGAGCUAUCACGAGAGCGCCCAUGAAUGGACAGUGUCAUCUGUGGUAUGCAAUUUUAUGUGGUUAUGUAUCUGAGUUUGAGGGAUUGCAAAACAAGAUUAACUGUGGACAUCUAUUCAAGGAGCAUCUGGACAAAGCCAUCCAGCUCUUACCCGAAGAGCCCUUCCUGUACUACCUCAAGGGAAGAUACUGUUACACUGUCUCAAAACUCAGCUGGAUUGAGAAAAAAAUGGCCGCUACUCUGUUUGGGGAAAUACCAUCUUCAACGGUUCAUGAGGCUUUGCAAAACUUCCUUAAGGCUGAAGAAUUGCAACCUGGCUAUUCUGUGUCCAACUACAUGUUUGUGGCCAAGUGUUACGUUGAUCUCGAGGAAUCUCAGGAUGCGUGGAAAUUCUGUAACCUGGCGUUAUUACUGCCUAUUGUUACCAAAGAGGACAAGGAGUCACAUAAAGAGGUGAAAAAAAUAAUCUGUUCUUUGAAGAGGUAAAUAUAAGAAUUUCUUCUUCAGCAAUCCCAACACGGUCUUCUAGAGUUUAUCAGAAUUGUAUUUUUAUAAUCCUUUUGUCCUUAAUGUAAAGAUUAUGUGUUCUUAUUUGAUUUGAAAGUAUAAUCAUGCCAUCUGCAGCAGCUGCACCACAAAACAAAUCAUGAUGUUUGGAAACAGUAUUUAAUGUUAGUAUGUAAUGAUCCUUAAGCAUGUUUGCUUCAUUUUUUAUGUCAAUAAACUACAGCCUUUAGAAUAUUUGUGUAACAAAUACUUAAACAGUCUAAUAAACUGCACCCCAGUAAAUAUAAUCAUUGUUUCAAUAGACUUUAUAAAAUAAAAUAAUUUCACUCAUAAGGAUGAAAAUGUAAACACUGGACACAGUAGAAAAGGAAGAACAAAAUAAUUAUAGCUAGUAAUCAGAGAAUUGUAAAUAGAAUUACAAUAAAAUACUGUUUUUCUAUCAAA